AUGUUUAUUGGAUUAAUAUUAGCAGCUUUCUAUUCGAUUUUGAUCACAAUACUCAGUGGUAUCACUUUACAUCUCUCAUAUAAAUGUGUAUUUAACUUAUCUGUCUUUUUGAGAGAUUAUGGACCUCAACUUCCAGGAUAUGUUUAUUGGUCAGACUUUCUAGAUAUGAUUCCUCCACCAAAUAAGUUUGUUGGUUUCAAUCUGACACAUACUCUUUUAUUUGCUUUGAUCAUUUGUUUACUUGCUGCCACUAUGAAGUUGGCUCCUUCAAACUCUUCAUCCUCUUCUUCCUCUUCGACUUCUGCCAAUAAACAAAAGGUAGUAUUAUCUUUUGGUAUACAGUCAUUCAUUAUGUUCUUUCAAAGAUUCUGUACAACUUUAAAUACCAAAGUCCUUUCUUUGUGUUUGAUGAAAUCAUCGAUUUGUACAGUGUUGCAGAGAUUAUUAAUACUCUCUUUCUCUCUGUCUGUCAAUUUUGAAAAGAAAUUAGCCAAAACGGUAAGAGAAGUCAUUGAUUAUAGUAGUAGUGCUGCUGGUACUCUUGAUGACAUUGUUGUUGAAAGUUCACCAUCAACAUCAUUAUUACAACCCGAUGAAACGAUAGAGUCAACAAAAAAUACACCUACUCUUGAUACAUCAUCAUCAGCUGAAACAACAAUGCCAUCACAAUUCCCAAAAGAGAUUGUCAAUUCCUUGAUAAAAGAGCUUAAAAAAGACAACCGUUCUGGCCAACAUGUAGCCAACACUUUACAAUUCCAGUGGUUCAAUGGAUUUGGUAGCUCUACCACAAGAAUAUCGGUACUCCACUCUAGUCUUUCUGAAUUUCUUGCCGUCGUUACCUUUCCACUUGAUCACUCACAACUCUUUGUGCCACCACAACCAGUUGAAUCCUAUCUCUAUGUUGUCGGUGGUGAAUGUUGGACAUGUAUAGACAACACCAACAACAGUAUACUCAGACAGAGUAAAGAUCAUAUCUAUACUCCAACAAUGAAUAGUUUGGCCUUGUCCACUCAGAGAAAUUGUACGAUGCUCCUUUACAGUAGAGGUUUACUUUUCUUUGUUUUACCAAAAAUCAUUCUAAAUUCGGGUUUAGAUUUUGUUCAAUCAAUCAAGUUCCUAUAUACAAUUACCAAAUUAUCGAUUUUAGAAUUUAUAAACUCAAAUAUUGAGCCAUUCUAUUUCCAUUUUGUUAGAAUUACUUCAACCUCGGGACCUGAUAUUUGGAAUGCAAGAGUAGAGUCACCAUCUUCCACACUCGUCUAUGAUGGAAAGACCUAUCCGAUGCCUCGUUCUGGUGAAUCAUUCACCAAUACUAGAGGCGUUGGUCAAUUCCCCAGUGAGCAAGUAAAUGUACCCCAUGUCUAA